AUGCCAUUGCGAUCGAAAAUCACAAAUCCUGUUUGGACCGCAGGCAGUAGAAUGUAUUCAACGCCCACCGAGAACCCCUUCCAGCCUCAACCGGACGACGACCCAGAUGAUGUUGUCUUUGCCAACAACUAUGGCGUGCGAAGCAUUGAGCUCAACAGGCCGAAGAAGCUCAAUUCGCUGAAUGGUUCCAUGGUCCGCAAAAUCAUACCGAGGAUGCAAGAGUGGGAGCAGUCAGAUCUGGCAGGCGUGGUGGUGAUCAAGGGACAAGGCCGUGCAUUCUGUGCAGGUGGUGAUGUCGCCGCUUUGGCUCAAUGGAACAAGACUGGAAAGGAGGGACAACAGAAGUCUACCGAUUACUUUGGCCUUGAAUAUAAGCUGGACCACCUCAUUGCAACGUACAACAAGCCAUAUGUGGCAUUGAUGGAUGGUAUUACCAUGGGCGGGGGUGUCGGGCUCAGCAUUCACGCACCUUUCAGAAUAGCCACCGAGAACACCCUAUUCGCAAUGCCAGAGACGACAAUUGGAUUCUUCCCAGAUGUUGGCGCAUCCUUCUUCUUGCCGCGCAUGGAGGGCGCCAUCGGCACCUAUCUUGCCCUUACCAGUGAGCAACUCAGAGGUGUCGAUGCCUUCUAUCACGGCGUGGCGACCCACUACAUCCACUCGUCCACUCUUCCUCAGCUCGAGUCACGUUUGGCAGAAUUACAGUUCCAGGACUACCUCGACUUGAGUGCACGGAACCGAAUCAUCAACGAUACGAUUGAGGAGUUCAGCACUGGACUCCCCAGCGAACGCCCCGCUAUCUCUGGUGAACUAAGGACAACAAUCGACCGCGUUUUCCACCACGAUCAACCUGACAUUCACGCCAUUUUGACUUCUCUCGAGGAAGUCAAGGCAAAUGGAUCCUCGCAGCCCUUGAGAAAGUGGGCCGAGCGCACAAUUGAGACACUUCACACUCGGUCUCCCAUAGCCGUGGCCGUAACGCUACAGCAAAUGCGCCUCGGUCAAUCGUGGUCGAUCAAGCAGACAUUCCAACGCGAGCACGAUAUUGCUGCAAAGUUCAUGGCCCACCCAGAUUUUGUCGAGGGUGUGACAGCACGAUUGAUUGAACGCAAGAAGGAACGACCGAACUGGCAACCGAACACGCUCAAGGAUGUCAAGCAGAAGGAUGUAGACGCUUUCUUCAAGCAAACGAGCGAGCUACCCCUUCUUCGUAGCGGUCCAGACUACAAACAGUACCCGCACGCUUGGAUUGGAUUGCCCAGGGAAAGUGAGAUUCUAGGAGAGGCCUCAAAGAAGAAGUCCAAUGAGGUUGUCGAGUUCCUACUUGAGAAGUACGGCGGAAAGCAGGGUGUCCGGGAGAAGAUUGCGGAGGUCUUGGAAAGAAAUGGAUUGUAG